CUGAAAUAGAAGUACAGUAUAGUGAAUAAAUUACUCAUCUACAGUGUGAAUGGAGCGUAACCAACAAUUUGCUGAGCGUCAAUGAAAGCAUCUGAUCCAGGAGGAUUUCCUUUCCAAACACAGACUUCAGAGAAGUUUAGAGCAUCAUAAUGUUUCGUAAUAAGGCCAAAGAAAAGCUGGAUGAACUGUUCUCGAAGGAGUUUGCUUCAGAUGACUCGGUGGAUUUACAUGACCAGCUGCCACCAUCAAAAAGUAGUCUUCAACCCUUGAAAGGUACCCUGUCAUCAUGGAAAGGUGUAACUUCAAGUGAGGGAUUGGACACUUUGGUGGAAGAAGAGGAAAAAGCCAAUUUUUUUGGAGAACUCGAAGGACGUGCUUCAUCAAAUAUAGAUUAUUCUCAGUUGAACAAAGAGGUUGACAAUACGAGUUAUACUACAUACCUCAGGAUUGCAGAGGAGCUACCUGAUCUGAAUGGUGAUGACCAAAACGAGAUCGGAGGUUCUCCAUGUUUGCCACAGUGCAACAAGGAUUUUGAAGAUGAGGAUUCUGAAGUAAUGAAGUUAAAAAUGUCUCCAGUUGUUGCAAAAGAUAAUGCAUACAACGCCUCCCAAGGACAGAUUGAAGGCAAAAUGAAAGAAGUACCACAAGUAACAAGUUCUCAGGACAUAGACCUGUUCUAUGUACAGAGUGCAGGAUCAGAGAUGGAUGCCCUUCACAAUGCCUAUCGGCAGAUUAAUACUGGAGAGGAGUCAGAUGACCUUAAACAACAUCAUCUGUCACUGGAAUGGAAUGAGAGUGACAAUGGACCGCUUGCUUUGUCCUCCAAAUGUCAGCAAGCCACAAAGUCACCUGAAUGUGCCACUACCAAUGAGUCUGAAUUACCUACUGCUGAAGAAUUAAUGCGACCUAUCCGGCCAUCCAGUGAGCAUGACGAGGAGCCCAGCCGUCCAUUCGACAGAACUUUUGAAGUUUUGACCAAAAAUGAGAAACACCAUGAGCAAGCAGAGAAGGCUGAGUCAAAGAAGCUGAAAGGAAUGAAGACAUUAAAAAGCUCUCAAUGCAUCCACCCAGAACAUUCUAACUUUGGCUUGACACGGCGUAUUAGAGAAGAAGUGGAGAGACUGAUGCAAGAACAAAACGUUUCCACUCCUUCCGCCGCCUCUCAGCUUGGCAAAGAAAAGAAAGAACCUCAACCCCUUCGCCAUACUAGCAAUCCUCCCUCAACAUUGUCGGUAAGGAAGCCCUUGGUGGCAACGCCAACGGUCCAGAAAAUUGACGGUAAAAGAUCGCCAAGAGUGACGAAAAGUGCUGCUGCAACCAAACCUUCAGUUUCCAGUGCAACAAAGCCCAGCCCCAAUACUGUGAGAAACAAAGAAAAAGAUGGCAACAAAACAGACCAAGGUCAGAAAAUGAGCAGUGAGCUUGUGGUGUCUGUCCAGUCAUUGGUGAAUGUCCUUCAAAAGCAGGUGGCCACAAACACUUGCCAGGAAGUAACAGAUGGUGAAGAGUUGCGUUUCCACACCAACGCUCCAAUUGUUGCUAAAAGCAUUUCCCAGAUAGAGGAGCUAAGAGGUCAGCUGACCCAGCGGGACAAGGAACUGCAAUUAAUGAAGGAACAAAAAGAGGAGCUCCAACAACAAAACUAUGUUCUGCAGAGCAAGUUGCGUAGUGCAGAAGAAGCCAGUAAAAAGUUUCAACUGACAAAGACGGCGGAUCCUAAAACUGAGAAAACUCUGCAACAGAUUAAUAAGGAAAUAAAAGACCAGGAGGUGAUCAUUCAAGGUUACCAACAAGAGAAUGAGAAGCUGUACUUGCAGCUGAAAACUCAGCGGGCAAAGAGUACGGCCGACGUGCAAGCCAUGUUUCAUGAAAACCAAAGACUUCAAAGUGAGCUGGUUUUCACAAGAGAGCAGCUCAGUAAAUCUUCAAGCUCUUUGGACCAUCGUAUUAAAGAGUUAUUAGCUGACAUUAAUAUAUCUCAGAUAAAUGAGGCCAAACUGUCGGAAGACCUUCACAAACUGAAACAGGAGAACCAGGCUCUGCAUCUGGACAUGGAACUAAUCAGGAAGGAGAGAGAUAUGGCUAAAGUGCAGACUAUCUCCAACUCUGUCAAUGUACCGGAAGAAACGUACAAAGAAGAAGUCGCUGCACUUAAGAAGCAGCUCCAGUGGUUUUCAGAAAACCAGGAAGUGUUGUCCAGAAGAGAUGCAGAGCGACUGAAGGCUGCUACAACAGAGAUUGAUCUACUUAAAGAUCAGGUAGAGAAUAUGAAAGCCCGGAUGGUUAAAAGAACUAGUGUAGUACAAUCAAAAGAGAAAACAACAGACUUUAACAGCAUGAAAGACUUGAAACUACAGGUGAAGCAGCUGGAGCAAAGACUAAGAUCCAGGAACCCAAACUCAUUGCCAGCUCUCAUCGCCGCUGCAGCCACUGCAGAUGCUCAAGGAGAUGGGGCCACUGGAAGGGAGUCUAACGACAUCAACACCCUGCUUGAACGUAGGAUUCAACAUAUUGAGGAAGAGAUGGAGAGACAUGAUGAAGAGGCCAAACAAAACCUACGCUCUAUGGAGAAACAGUUCCAGGACACCAAGCUGCGCUACGAGCAUCAGAUAUCUGAAUUGGAGCAGCAGCUGAAGCGCAAAAAAGAUGUGGAAGAAACAUCAGUGACUGAGUCAUGGAUGUCGCAAGUUGAAAGAAUGAAGGUCGAGCUUGAGCAAGUAAAGGAAGCCUACGAGCAGAAGGAAAUCUUUCUUCAGGAUCAGAUUGAAACUCUCAAGAAACAAGUCAAACAAAAGACCCUGCACAGCCCGACCCGACACCAGCGACAAGCUGAGGAAGCACAAAGUGCCCGCAUAACUCGACUCAACCAAGAGUUGGCUACCAAAACACAAACGAUUCACGAGCUGACCCGUACUGUGGAGAGGCUGCAGAGAGAGAGGAGGAACAUGCUCUCCGGCCAAAAAGACUCACAAACCAAAGAGUCCAAACAAGUAUCUCCGGUCAAAUCAGCCUUAUCUCCAGAGGAAGAAAUAUUCCCUCCCACUGAGUGUGAGAAAACCUACCAGCCCACAGCCUUUCCAGGGAGUCACAUCACAGAGGUGCUAAAGGAAAAUGACGCUCUUCGAGAGGAUAUGAAGCAGCUCGAGAUUCAAUAUGAGCAGCAAAAGGAGGCACUGAAAUCGCAUGUCGUACAAGCUCAGGAGGACCUGUGCAAGCAAAGGGAUCGCUUUUUGGAGCAGAUUUCUUCUCUAAAGGCAGAAAACCUCAAGGCAUUGGACCACUUGCGUGUCGCUCACGCCAUGGAGCACUCUUCUUCAAAGGUUGCGCAACUUACAAAUGAACUGAACACUCAGGAGAUCAUGGUGAAGCUUUUGCAAGAUCAGCUGAAAGAGAUGCAGGGAGCCAAAGAUGCUCUUGCAAUAUCCUUAACUCGAGAGGCAGCUUUGGAGACUCAGUUAGGCAAACUGUUAAAGGAACUGAAGGAAGCCAAAGAAGCACAGAAUCCAGAGGUGAAACUCCUUUGUACCCUGGAGGCAAAAAUCCUCACCAUGGAGCUGAGACACCAAGACAGAGAACAGCAGUUGAACCAGAUCAUUGGAGGUUCGUGGCUCACGGGCGAUCAGCAGUCACAAGUGGAUCAUUGGAGAUGCCUUGCAAUGGAUAAAGCCAGAGAGCUGGAAGCUUUCCGCUUGGAAUUGGACUCCAUUUUGGAUAUCAUAAAACAUCUGCAAAGACAGGGCAUGAUCUUCCCUUCUCCGGACUCGUGAGCCCCAACAGAGAUCGCACCAUUAGACACUGUGGCUUGACCAGAAAGACAAAUCACAAGUAUUCUUUUGGUCAAAACCCCACUUCUUCAUAGCACAUGUACAGAAAAAUAAAAAUCUUAUAAUAUA